UGAGAUUGGAGCUUAAUACUUUUAUUUUUGACUUGUAGGUGUGCAACAGAAAGAGAGCAGAGAGACAGAACAGUGAGAGUUUGUAAGGAAGAAGAGUGAGAACUGAGAUGGAGACUCCUCCUCAGCAAGGUGUGGUGAAGAAGAAGGAGACAAGAGGUCGAAAACCUAAGCCAAAGGACGACAAGAGAGAUGAACAUUCCAAGACAAAGGAAGGGAGAAAAACGCAGCAAUAUCAGCAGCAACAACAGCAGCAGCAGCAACAACCUUCCGUCGAUGAGAAAUACACGCAAUGGAAGUCUCUCGUCCCUGUCCUCUAUGACUGGCUUGCUAACCACAACCUCGUUUGGCCCUCUCUCUCUUGCCGGUGGGGUCCUCAGCUUGAACAAGCCACUUACAAGAAUCGUCAGCGGCUCUAUCUCUCCGAACAGACUGAUGGUAGCGUGCCAAAUACUCUGGUGAUUGCGAAUUGCGAGGUUGUGAAGCCUAGGGUUGCGGCUGCAGAGCACAUUUCACAGUUUAAUGAAGAGGCACGGUCCCCGUUUGUGAAGAAGUUCAAGACCAUCAUACAUCCUGGCGAGGUGAACAGAAUUAGGGAAUUACCACAAAAUUCCAAGAUAGUGGCAACACAUACAGAUAGCCCUGAUGUCCUUGUCUGGGAUGUUGAGAAUCAACCUAACCGUCAUGCUGUCCUUGGAGCUACAAACUCUCGGCCUGAUUUGAUAUUGACUGGACACCAAGACAAUGCAGAAUUUGCUCUUGCUAUGUGUCCAACUGAGCCCUAUGUUCUUUCAGGAGGAAAGGACAAAACGGUGGUAUUGUGGAGUAUUGAGGACCAUAUAACAUCUGCUGCCACAGGUGGAUCAAUUAUCAAGCCAAACUCUAAAUCUGGAGAAGCCAAUGAUAAAGCUGCUGAAAGCCCUUCUGUCGGGCCACGAGGUAUCUACUGUGGGCAUGAGGAUACUGUUGAAGAUGUGACUUUCUGUCCAUCCAGUGCACAGGAGUUCUGUAGUGUUGGAGAUGAUUCUUGUCUCAUCUUAUGGGAUGCACGUGUUGGGUCUAGCCCUGUGGUUAAGGUUGAAAAAGCUCAUAAUGCUGAUCUUCACUGUGUUGAUUGGAAUCCACAUGAUGAUAAUCUGAUUCUUACUGGGUCAGCAGAUAAUUCUGUUCGCAUGUUUGAUCGUCGCAAUCUCACCACUAACGGAGUUGGGUCGCCCAUCCAUAAAUUUGAGGGUCACAAAGCUGCUGUUCUUUGUGUUCAGUGGUCUCCAGACAAAUCAUCUGUAUUUGGAAGUUCAGCUGAGGAUGGUCUCUUGAACAUUUGGGACUAUGAGAAGGUUGGUAAAAAGAUAGAGCGAUCUGGAAAAUCAAUAAGUGCUCCUCCAGGGUUGUUUUUCCAACAUGCUGGUCAUAGAGAUAAAGUAGUCGAUUUUCAUUGGAAUGCAUUUGAUCCAUGGACAAUUGUUAGCGUCUCUGAUGACUGUGAAAGUACUGGUGGAGGGGGCACAUUGCAGAUAUGGCGCAUGAGUGAUUUGAUCUACAGACCAGAAGAAGAGGUUUUAGCGGAGCUGGAGAAAUUCAAAUCUCAUGUGGUGGCAUGCGCUUCCAAGUCUGAAAAAUGAGCAAAAAGAGUUCAGUUAUUCUUGCUGUUGUAUAACUCAAUCUUUAUUUGUGAUUCAUGUUUCUGAGCAUUUUAAAAACCACCCACAUGGGAUUGGAGUAGGGAAACUUAGAUUAACAUAGAACUGACAAGUGUUUGUGGUGUAGUAUUCCUUAAAUUUUACUGUUUCUGUUCAUGAUC